AUGUGGAGGAAGAAAGAGAGACUGACAAAUGGAUAUCCGGGUGUACUGCAUGCUGCCGGUCAAGACAUGAGGUCACCAUCGAGUCAGCACUUCAUCCGAGGGCCUGGAGGCGACCGACGAUUGGGCACACCCAGGUCUCGUCGCAAGACUGCGGGUGUCAAUUCCGGAUCCUCUGGCGGUGUCGAGAAUGAGGGGGCGUCCCCACCGAUGCCUGUCUUCGGAGUUUCUGUAUCCUUCCUUGAAGCGAGCGAAUCAGCGAUGGAAGUGAUGUCCCAUCCCGAUGGCUGUUGA